AUGAGGCCCGGAAUCGGCCUCGAUAAUGCGGAACCUCGUCCUCGCAAGUUCUCUACCGCCGAAGCCCCUUCUCUGCCUGGCGAACGAUGCGGCGCAUCUCCCACCACCUUCUUUCUGUCCCGGGAUCCUGAUGCAUCUAGGAUGCAGAGUGACCGGAGCGUCGUGACACCCGCAUCCACGCCACUUGUGAGCAGUCUACAGGACACCAUUCAAGAGGCGGACCGGCCAGUCAACCACACCGGGCCGCGACCAGCGGAGGCAAGGAGCGGAAGCCGCAGGCGAUCUACCAUCAAGCCUGGCAGCUAUGGACAUCUUAGAAGAGGUUCAUCGGCUGCCAGUGCUGAAGCGAUACCGUCGGCGCCGGACAGAGCAACCACGCCGUCCCCUCUACCAUCCCAAGAUGUCUCUCUUCCCAGCAGCCCAAAGUCAACAUCCUCGAGAUCACUCCAGAAAUCCGAUGACGAAUUGACCAAUGACGAGACCGGGAGUCAAGCGGUAGUCUCCAGUGAAGAGGAUGAAGGAGAAUCACUUGCUGUCACCCAGGACAGUCAGCCAGAGCUUAUCAUGCCGAGUAUCACAAUGCCGAGUCGGAGGCCCUUUACCGACCGAGGGAAACGACUCGGGAGGUUCAAGAUUAUGGUAGCCGGUAGCAAGGGUAUUGGCAAGACCUCUCUCAUCAAGUCCAUCGUUCAACUAUGUGAAGACAUCGUCCACGUCGAUCCAGUGUUGUCAAACUUAACAAAAGGUUCGCAACGUGAUGGCCAUGGGCCUGCGUAUUUGGUGAAUGAACUAUACGCUAGCACGAAACCCUACCCGGCCUGGUGGUCCAGUGUCGAGGAAAGUCGUAUCUUGAGACGGAGGAAGAGUAUGGGCGAUUCAGUGCUCGAGCGGAAUGUCUGUUUCGUAGACACUUCGGACGCCGUCAAACUCGACGAGAUCAUUCAAUACGUGGAGCAGCAGCUUGUGAACGCGAUGGUGUCCAUUGAUCAGCUCACAAAUGAUUUUUCAGGCUUGCUGAGUGGGCGGGGUUCAUCACAGGUGGAUGUGAUUCUAUAUCUGAUUGCCAAAGAUCAUAUCAGAGACGACUGCGAACGGAUUCGCCAGCUGUCGGAGUUGUGCAAUGUCGUCCCGCUCGUGGCAAAGGCAGAUGUGUUGUCUCGACAAGAGCAGGAGGAAAUCAAACAAGCCCUGGACCUGAGCCUCACAGCUCUUCCCCGACUGCCUACAUCUCUGAUACCCGAAAUGGAGGUCAAAGCGACGGCGACGGCGCCUUAUACUGUCACCUCCACGAGUGGGCCAGAUCUCGAUACGAUGGAUGCAUCACUGCUGAUGUCACCCGAGUAUAUCCAGCCUCUUCUUCCGUCCGAGCUCGGCCUGCUCGUGGAACAGAUCUUCGAGCCAGAAAUGGUUUCCUACUUGCGGCAUACAUCGGCACGCAAACUCGUGGCAUGGCACACUCGCUAUCCCAGGUUGACGAUGGUGUCAUCUCCAUCACUCCCCUCGGUACACAACUCGACCCUGCCAUCUCCUGUACAGACCUCUCUCACCAACUCGGCCAUGUUACCGCCCGUUGGAUCUGACGUGUCUCUCAACACAUCCAAUAGUUGGGCGUUGGCAAAAGUUGCGGAUCAUACACAACGAGAAGAGCGAUUGGCCCAGGUCAGACUGUCCAAGUGGGCGAGUGAGCUACAACUCAGUCUGCAACGUGAGCGGGAAAGAUAUGAGAGACUUGCCCGAGGUGAACGCGCGGUGUGGUUGGUGGAGCGAAUGGGCGAGGAGAUCCGGGACGGUCAUAUCCUUUCACAGGACCACUCGCAGCAGGCUUUGAUCCAGAAGGGAGUAAAGACGGGUCUGGUAUACGGGGGUGAUAUCCCCAAUUAUCAGGUGCAUGACCCCCUGGGACUUUUGCGGUGGCAAGAUGGCAUGCGAACUCGUGGCUGGCUCGCUCUGCAAGUCAUGGGAAGUUUCGGAGUGGUAGGAGGUCUUGCUUUCUGGCUGGCAAGGACAUGCGGAUUGACAAGCAGCAUCAACGACUGGGCGCAAGGCUGGCACCUGUCGUUACUUGGGCAGGAUUGA